AUGGAGAUGGAAACGACGCAACGCACAAUUUUGGAGAUGAAAAAGGAGAAUGUGAGGGAAAUGGCGCAAGUGAUCAAAACGAUACUCUUCAAAGAGGUUUCCAUCCACUUUCUCUUCGAAUUUUCCAAAAAAAAAGUAAUUUUUCCAGCAAGGCACUAUCCACGCGUUCGAUAAAGGAAUCAAGAUCACAGUCGACGAUGCAGCGUGUCAGCAGGUGAGAUAAACGGAAAAUUUGCAAUGAAAUUCAAUUUCAGGCAAAUCUCUUCAUCGACGCCACGUUUUUCUCGAAUUUCCAUGUUCGCGAAGAGAAUAUUGCGGUAAAGUGGCCAAUUAAGCACAUAUUUGUACGUUUCUCCUGAAAUAAAAUAAACUUGACACGUUUUUCGAUCAAAAUUUAAAAAAAAACCGAGUUUAAGGUCAAAACUCUAGAAAAGCCCGAUAGAAAGGAAUCUGAGAAAACCGAACUGUUUCAGGAGUUCCUAAACAUCCCGGAGGGCUCUUCGAACUCGUGCAAGUUCUCAUACAACGGAAUGUUCGCUCCGUUGAACCUUUUGAUAGAAGACUCGGAGGGAUACGUGAUGCGCGGCCGUCUGAACAGCACGAUGGCCGAGCAGGAGCUCGACUUCGAGUUCCAGGACGCCACGGUGCUCGCCACGUUCAUGCUCAAAACGCAGGUGCUCAAGGACGUGUUCAAGGUCGGGUUUGUGGUGCACUUUUGAGUUUAAAAAUCAUGAUUUUGGUUCAGGAUUUCGAUGAAACGAGUCGUCUUGUGAAAAUCGAGUUUAUGAAGACACAAAUCUGCUUCUCGACGGAUGGAGAAGUCGGCGAUAUUACGGUAGACUACCGUAAUACUUUUUCAACUUUCGAAUUGUUUUUUAGGUGUCAAUUCCAUCGAAAAGUCUUCAAAUGGAAACUGUGAAAUGCGUGGAAGAGGUGGAAUUCAGCUAUAAAUUGACGUUGCUCCAGCGGAUGGUCAUCGCGUUGGGAAUGGCCGCAAAAGUAUCGUAGUCCCGUGAUGGUUACUGUAGAUAUUGUCGGUUUGCAGGUGGUGAUGCGAGUCGACGAUCGAGGCGUUCUUUGCUGCCAUUUCACCAUCGACCACGGCGACAAUCGGCAGAGUUAUGUGGAAUUUCUGACGGUGCCCGACAUUGAUGAUAAUGAGAGUGACGUGUAG